AUGGCCACCACACCGGAGGAAUUCUUCAUCAAGGAUCUUAUGGAGCAGCCACCAGCAUCCCCACCUGUCUUCCUUGACCUUCCCCAAAAGCCCAAUGUCAGCAAUGAGGUCCAGCAUCAUGUCCCUAACAAUGACAUGAUGCUCCCUUACAUCUCAGGCAUGCUCAUGGAGGACGACAUUGACGAUGAGAUCAGUGAUCACCAUGUGCUACUCCAGAUCAUGGUGAUGAAAGCACCCUCAAUUCGCCCUUAUCCAAGGACACGUGUGGUGGGGGCAUCCUUGAAGGGCAUGGAAGAAGCCAACAUGCUCCUGCCCAAAGACAACAACUUUAGAAGUGAUGAGCUGGUGAAUCAAAUCAGGGAAAACAACAUUAUUGAUAGUAGGGUCAAGAAAAGGUACAAUAAGGAUGACCUUCUAGAGGAGGUAAGAACUACCAACAAAGCUGUGAUGAUGAUCAAUGAGCUAGAGGAGAAAUGUGGCAACGAGAUGCUUGACAAAAUGAUGUUGCAUGCUCAUGAGACCUGCAUCAAGGGCAUGGAGCGUGUCACCAUUGACACUACUGACGUGGAGAAGAGAAACAGGAAUAGCGGGAGGAUCAAAGUGGCGAGGGACAAUGUGGUCGACAUACACAGGUUGUUGAUCUCUUGUGCGCAGGCUCUUACAGCGGACGAUCACAUGACAGCGCAUGAGCUACUGAAGCAGAUCAAGCAACAUGCUUCAGCAACAGGGGACGCCACCCAACGGCUAGCUCAUUGUUUCGCCAAGGGGCUAGAGGCACGGAUACUGGACACAGGGAGCCAGCUUUGGCAGUUGCUUCUGUUAGAGUACCCCUCCGCCGUGGAGGUCCUUGAGGCCUACAGCCUUUACUCUGAAGCUUGCUGCUUCGUCAAUGUGACAUUCAUUUUUUCAGCAACGACCAUCAUGCAGGCCAUUGCAGGUAAGUGCAGGUUGCAUAUCGUGGACUAUGGUACACGUUUCGGGUUUCAAUGGGCUGGCUUGCUCCGCUUGCUGGCGAGUAAAGAAGGCAGAGGUGAAGAUCACUGCCAUAGCCCGUCCCACGCCUAUUUGCUACCCAAGUGA